ACAGCUCAUCUCCCUCCCGCAGAGAGAAGAAGAAGAAGACUGGGAAAAAACACAAGCGAGACAGGUCGACGUCUGGUCAUAGGAGAAAGAGGAGAUACAGAUCAGGUAAAGAAGACCCGAAGAACAAACUGAAAGACAAAACCAGAAAGAGGUCCCCAUUAGAGUCCCCCAGUAGGACGUCUCAGCGUAGAGGCAGCUGCUGUAGCUCCCACAGUGCAUCACUCUCCUCCACAGGCCACAGCCCCUCCAAGUCCCUCGGCAGGCCCAACUCCAAGCACAAGACAGAAGGACACAAGGCCUGUGUGAGCCCUUCCCCGUCUCCCGGUCCUGACGGUCCUGUCACGUGGCACAACGGGCACCACCACCAAAGCGACCGCGGCUGCAACGGCAAGGCGGGCAGACUCAACAGCCACGCGGUCGAGGAGGACAAGGAGCAAGAUAAGCUGAGAAUGCUGACUGCUGUUUCUCCGGGAGCCCAGUCGACCAUGAUACUGCCACAACUGAGAGGAGGAGAGAACAAGGCCCACACUGCCCUCUACAGGGCCCCAGGAAGUACUGCUGCCCAGGCUGGAGAGGCCCUACAUGGGGAGGACAGGCAGACUACGGACCUGGGGUCGUCAGGGAGAUGGGGAGGUCACAGAGGUCACAGAGUCCAGGGGAAGCGCUCCCAUUCGCCGACUCACAGCAGUGACUCCGCCCACUCUCAACAUAACCUGCAUCCUCACAGAGAAAAGAGCUCUCACCAGAAGAAGACUAAAAGAUCCCACUCUUCCAAGCGUCACCGCCGUGGGGGUCGGGGACAGGCCCAUCACCAGAGGCUGUCUGCAUCCCCAGGGCGGCACCACCAUGCGUCUGGGUCAGGCACCAAGAAGAGUGAGUCUCGGGGGCGGGGCGGUGUCGGUGUCCGCCAGCGCAGCAGCUCCUGGAGCUCAGGACGGUCCUCAUCAUGCUCUGCCUCCAGAGAGAGAGCCCCCAGCAAGGCCAAGUCCCUCCACAUCCAUGCCAGACAGAACAAUUCCAGUUUUUCCGCUAAGGACAGAGAUAGUCCUCACCACUCUGACGCUGACCGUGCUCACCGUCGUUCCAGGAGCUACUCUCCCAUCAGGAAGAGGAGACGAGACUCUCCCAGCUUCAUGGAGGCUCGCAGGAUCACCAGCGCUCGGAAGCGGCCUAUCCCGUACUACCGCCCCAGCCCUUCCUCCUCCAGUUCCAUGUCAAGCCCCUCCCAUUCAGGGAGGAGUCGCAGCCGCAGCUACAGCUGCAGUCACAGCCACACCAGGAGCCACAGCCGCUCACGCAGCCCCAGGAGCCACAGCCGCUCACGCAGCCCCAGGAGCCACAGCAACUACAGUCGCAGCAGCUAUGAAAGCCCCGGCUUCUGAUGAGAGAGAGACAGAGAG